CGUAAACAAAUUUGGGCAGCAACAAAGGAAGAAAUUUGCUUUGUAGUCCAAACAUAAACUAAAGAAACGGUAAAGCCCAAUCCUUUUAGACUUUCCUUCCCCUUAUCUAAGCAAAGCAAGCAAAAGGUUAUGUUCAAUCUAAAUUCUUGUAUCUAGCAUUUUCGGACAUCUUUGUACUUUUUCUCUUGCUUUUCCCAAAUGGCCACGCUGGGAACUGUAACCUUCAAUAACUCCUCCGCUACUUCCAUCUUCCACACUUCAUCUUCACUCAAGUUUUCUUCAAAGCCAUUGCUUCUUCCAACGCGUUUUUCUCCAAAAACGCCUUUUCCUCUCAGAAUUCUCAGGAUUUACGCUUUGUCUAGUAACGAUAUCAAAGUGGGUACAAACCUUGAAGUUGACGGAGCUCCUUGGCGAGUUUUGGAGUUUCUUCAUGUGAAACCUGGAAAGGGGGCUGCAUUUGUGAGGACCAAAAUGCGCAACUAUAUAACAGGAAACACUGUUGAGAAGACUUUUCGAGCUGGAAGUACGAUUGAUGAGGCAAAUGUUUUCAAGGAAGCCAAGCAGUUCACAUACAAAGAUGGAUCCCAAUUUGUCUUCAUGGACUUGAACACAUUUGAAGAAAUCCGUCUCAAUGAGGCAGAUGUUGGGGACAAGACAAAGUGGUUGAAAGAGGGAAUGGACUGCAAUUUGCUCUUCUGGAAUGGAAAGGUUAUUGAUUUUGAACUCCCCAUCACGGUUCAGCUUGCUGUGGUUGAUGUGGAUCCUGGCCUCAAAGGUGACACAGUUUCAGGUGGAUCCAAACCUGCAACUCUUGACACAGGAGCAGUCGUUAAUGUUCCGCUAUUUAUCAACAUAGGCGAUCAAAUAUUGGUGGAUACAAGAACUGGGCAAUAUAUGAACCGCGCAUAAGUUUUGGCUUGGAGAAUUCUUAUAAUUGGCUUUUUUUUCCUUUUAAUUUAUUUGUUUAUAUAAAUUAACAUUUAACAAUGCCAGAUUGUUCUACUUUAAAUUUUGAUUUAAGGAAUUUGCACCAGCCCUAGCUGGACUGGUGAGAGGUUGCACGCAGUAGUUUCCAGUAUUAUAUGGUCGUAGAUAUUUUGUGCAUUUGUUUUCUUGGAUUUUUACGUCUUUGUAUGAACAA